CUUUUCUACUACUAAAUGAAACUAUACUCUGUUUUGAGGUCUCAAAUGAUCUCAAUCAACAGAAAAGAAAAUUUCUUCGAAGGGAAAACCCCAUUUCGGAAAAACCGACAACGUGUAUAUAUAUUUUAAAAUUUAACUUCCCAAUUCCUUUGUUUCUUCAGUUGAUUAACUCCAUUUUUUUCUUAAAAAAAGAGAAAUCUGGGUUACCGAACCUCCCUUUCUUUUUUGUAACUGACCAAAGCCUAUCAUUUCCAUGUUUUGGUUUUUCCUUAUUUUCUUUUUACAACAGUUAUGAUGUGGAUCUUGUCUUGUUUCUGCAAAUGUCAUAACCGUCAAAAUUCUCAUGUUGGCUUUUGAGACCGUGUUGGAGUUUGUGCAGUUCUUUCAUGUUGGUUUUUUUGGUUGGGGAAGGAACAACCUUUGCCAUGGAAUGUAAUCAUCAGAGGUUCUAUCUUGGUGUUUUCUUAGGUUUAUUUACAGUAGUUUAUGGUGCUACGGAUCCCAAUGACUUGAAAAUCUUGAAUGAUUUCAAGAAAGGAUUGGAAAAUCCAGAGCUGCUUAAGUGGCCAGAAGCAGGAGAUGACCCUUGCGGCCCUCCUCCUUGGCCUCAUGUUUUCUGUUCAGGUGAUAGAGUGACUCAAAUUCAGGUCCAAAAUCUUGGUCUCAAAGGACCCCUUCCUCAAACCCUCAACCACCUUCCAAAGCUCUUCAAUUUGGGGCUGCAAAAGAAUCACUUUAAUGGUAAAUUACCAAGCUUUAGUGGUUUAUCAGAGUUGGAGUUUGCUUACUUGGAUAACAAUGAAUUUGAUACGAUUCCAGCUGAUUUUUUUGAUGGACUUAGCAGUGUACGAGUGUUGGCUUUGGAUUAUAAUCCGUUUAAUAAGAGUAGUGGGUGGUCUAUGCCUAAGGAAUUGGCUAAUUCAGUUCAAUUGACAAACCUUUCUUUGGUUAGCUGCAAUGUGGUUGGGGCAUUGCCUGAUUUUCUGGGAAAGUUGCCGUCUCUUGCAGCACUAAAACUUUCUUAUAACAGAUUGUCUGGUGAGAUUCCAGCGAGUUUUGGGGAGUCUUUGAUGGAGAUUUUGUGGUUGAAUGAUCAAGAUGGUGAGGGGAUAACUGGUACCAUUGAUGUGAUUGCCAAUAUGGUGUCUUUGAAACAGCUUUGGCUUCAUGGGAAUCAAUUCACUGGGACAAUACCUGAGAAUAUUGGGAAUUUGACAUCUUUGAAGGAUCUCAACCUCAAUAGGAACCAGCUUGUCGGUAUGAUUCCUGAGAGCUUGGUCAAUAUGGAGCUUGAUAACUUGGAUUUGAACAACAAUCAUCUGAUGGGUCCGGUACCAAAGUUAAAAGCUGGUAACUUUUCUUAUGCUUCCAAUUCGUUUUGUCAAUCUAAACCUGGGAUCUCAUGUGCCCCUCAAGUCACUGCACUUUUGGACUUCCUUAGUGGUAUGAAUUACCCUAUAAAUCUUGUUUCUCAAUGGUCUGGUAAUGAACCUUGCGCUGGUCCAUGGAUGGGAUUGAGUUGCAAUUCAAAUUCCCAGGUUUCUAUCAUCAAUUUGCCUCGACAUAAUCUUAGUGGUACACUUAGUCCUUCGCUUGCAAAGUUAGCAUCAUUGAUGGAAAUUAGACUAGGGGGAAACAGUAUUCAUGGUACUGUUCCAGACAACUUCACUCAACUGGAAUCUCUGAGAACGUUGGAUCUAAGUGGAAACAAUCUCGAGCCUCCAUUACCCAAAUUCCGAGAUGGCGUAAAGAUCAUAAUUGAAGGAAACCCGUUGUUGAUUGGUAAUCAUACAAGAGAGCCUCUUUCCCCUACUAUCAGUCCUCCUAGUGCUUCAGAAUCUCCUCCAAGCCAUCAAUCAGGUGGUAAAGUGUCACCCGCAUUGUCCCCGAAUAAAGAUAAGAAAACUGAUUCAUCUACUGCCACUGCCCAACAAGGUGAACCCCAAUCCAAUGGUUUCCAUAGAUUCAAACUGGUAAUUGUGGUAGGAAGUGCAACCAUUGCUAUCAUGGUUCUUGUAGUGGUUCUGUUUUCUAUAUUCUUUUGUAAGAAGAGAAAAAGAGAGUCUGAGGCUCCCAAUUCCAUAGUGGUUCAUUCUAAAGAUCCAUCAGAUCCUGAACACAUAGUUAAGAUAGCUGUUUCCAAUAACACCAGUGGAAGCUUAUUUAGUAAAACUGCAACAAGCUCUAGGAGUAGUCAUAGCAGUGCAACACAAAAGUCUCAUGUAACUGAGGCUGGAAACUUGAUUAUUUCUGUUCAAGUACUUCGGAAAGGGACCAACGAUUUUGCUGAAGAAAACGAGCUUGGCCGUGGUGGGUUUGGGACUGUUUACAAGGGUGUACUAGGCGAUGGAACGGAACUAGCAGUUAAGAGGAUGGAGGCUGGGGUCAUAAGCAAUAAAGCAUUGGAUGAAUUUCAGUCCGAAAUCGCUGUUCUAUCUAAGGUCCGGCAUCGGCAUCUGGUUUCUCUUUUGGGUUAUUCCAUUGAAGGUAAUGAGAGGCUUCUUGUCUAUGAGUUUAUGUCUCAGGGUGCUCUAAGCAAGCAUCUGUUCCAUUGGAAGAGCCUGAAAUUGGAACCUCUGUCUUGGAGGAGGAGGCUCUGUAUUGCAUUGGAUGUUGCUAGAGGAAUGGAAUAUCUGCAUAACUUGGCACGACAAACUUUUAUACACAGAGAUCUCAAAUCUUCCAACAUCCUUCUAGAUGAUGACUUUCGAGCAAAAGUUUCGGAUUUUGGGUUAGUGAAACUUGCACCAGAUGGAGAGAAGUCCGUGGCGACUAGACUUGCUGGAACAUUUGGGUACCUAGCACCUGAAUAUGCUGUGAUGGGGAAAAUCACUACUAAAGUUGAUGUCUUUAGCUAUGGGGUGGUGUUGAUGGAAUUAGUGACUGGAUUAACAGCACUCGAUGAGGGGCGCUCGGAGGAAAGUCGCUACUUGGCUGAAUGGUUUUGGCAAAUAAAAUCAAACAAGGAGAAGCUUAUGGCUGCAAUUGACCCAGCUCUUGAAGUGAACGACGAAACCUAUGAGAGUAUUGCCACUAUAGCUGAACUAGCUGGGCACUGCACCACAAGAGAGCCUUAUCAUCGGCCUGACAUGGGCCAUGUUGUGAAUGUGCUAUCACCUUUGGUUGAGAAGUGGAAACCCGUUGAUGAUGAAUCAGAGUGUUACUCGGGCAUAGAUUACACUCAGCCACUUCCCCAGAUGUUGAAGGUUUGGCAGGCUGCUGAAAGCCAAGGCGUGAGCUAUACAAGUCUGGCUGAUAGCAAAGGAAGCAUUCCAGCAAAGCCUGCCGGAUUUGCAGACUCCUUCACAUCGGUUGAUGGUCGAUGAUGGAAGGUAAAACCUACAUUCUACACAAGGAAUAAGUUCCCCAUCUUGUUACCAUGAUAUACAUGUUUCAGUGCUUGAGGGCUACUUUCCAUGUAAUUUGAGUUAUUUUACUUGUGGUUUUUCAAGUCGUGGAACAUGUCUUUCAUGGUAGUGUAGAUAGAGAGAUACAGGUUUCGAUAUUUCUUAAUAAUUUCUGUGUUCCAUUUUACAUAUACUAUUUUCAUUGCAGUGUAAAGGAAAUGAUGUAGUUUGAAGCAAAGGCAAGUUCAUGUCACAAAUACAGUCCUUAAAAAUCUAUUCGGAUGGAGAACAUAUAAAUAAAUGUUCAUUGAAGGAUUCCUACUA